UUAGACACUCAACCAGAAUUAAGGGAUGAGAAACACUUUCCCAAUGGAACUGUGGUUGGGAAAUACACAUACAUGGAUAAUGAAGGGAAUCCCAUACAAGUCAAGUAUUACGCGGAUGACUCGAGUUACGGGGUUGAAUUAAAAAGUGUCAAAGUAGUGGACUCUACCGGUGAGCCUUUGGCAGCCCCUGUCCAAGCUAAUCAAAACAUUGCAAAUACCAUUCAGAAUAUGCAGAACAAAUAUGACUUUAAAAGCGCAGAGCCUGAAGCUAAGGGUGCUACUGAGCUCCUAAAUAACAAUGCUCCUACCACAGUGUUCAAAUACAAUAAUAAAAACAGCGACCCAUUCGAUUUCUUGAACAAGGAGAUGGGUAAAAUAAAUCGAUAUAAAAUCGAGAAACCCAACCCUGAUUAUGAGAUUUAUUAUCAAAAUGAACUUAAGGGAGCGAAAAAAUGCGGCAAAGACAAGGUCCGAGUGUACAUCGAUAAAGAAAAAAGGAAAAUUCGCAAUGUAGUCAACAAUUAUGAAACUGAUAAGUUUUGUGAGCAAUUUUAACAAAAUAAUGUACUUAUUGUUACAAAUAAAACGUGUUUAUGGUU